UACAUCCGUCAUUACUCGACCAAACUUACGACGUGACGCGCGAGUAGCUAAACUACUAAACAAUUAACUUGCACGAACGAAAGAUGUCGCGAGACGAACCUUCGAUAUGUGUGUUGCGGAAGGUGGUGCUGGAUGGAUUCCUCAUUGGUGGAUUGACCUUAUGCUUGUUCGCGAUGAAACUUCUAUGGGAGCCGUUCAGCCGAGGGUUCUUCUGCGACGACGAGUCGCUGAAGUACCCCUACCACGAAGACACAGUCACCACGCUCGUGCUGAGGUUAUAUGGCUUGGGGCUGCCGUUUCUAGUUAUACUGGUCUGUGAAUGGAUAAUCCUGCGCAAAGAACCCAGUGACAUAAAAGUAUUCGGCUUAAGCAUUCCAACCUGGAUUCGUGGAUUGUACUGCGCGGUGGUAGCCUUCGGCCUCGGCGCGUUGUUUGUUGAAUUAACUACGGAAAUGGCCAAGCAUGUCGUCGGGAGACUCAGGCCUCACUUCUUUGAUCUAUGCCGGCCAUCAAUCGACUGUAAUUCAUCAGAAUGGCGUGCUCGCUACGUUUUGCCCUCGGAUUACUACUGCACGGGCAGCAGCAGCAAGAUCGAGGACAUGCGCAAGUCCUUCCUCAGCGGACACUCGUCCUUCGCGGCCUACACCAUGGUCUUCGUGGCUCUAUACCUCGAACGGCGGAUGACCUGGCGAGGAACCCGCGUUCUCCGCCACUCUCUUCAGUUCUCUGCCCUCAUGAUCUCUUGGUUCACCGCGCUCUCUCGAGUAUCGGACUACAAGCAUCACUGGAGCGACGUGCUGGCUGGCUACAGCUUGGGCGUUGUCUUUGCGAUACUAGUGGUGUACUGCGGCAUAGACCUGGUGCAAAAGAAGAAGAACCACACCAUAGUGCCUCAAAACGACGUGUAUGUGAUCGGACCAACGCACACGUAGUAGACCCUGAAAAGAAUUAGACUUAGUACAAAAAAGUCAAUUUUAAGAUUUCUGCUGCAACCAGAAGGAUAUAAUUCCACAUUGCGUUUAUAUUCUGCACCGACAUCGUUUACAUGUGUGGAAUUGAUAAUAAGGCCAAAAUUAAAAAUAAUUACAAAGUAAAAAAUACAGGUACUUCAUAUUACCGGUAUUAGAAAUAACUCCGCACAGCAGUAAACAUAUCAGGCACUUUAUGUAAUAAGUUUUUAAAGUAAAUAAUUAUUAAUUAUCGUUCUACUUGAGAAUGUGUCAUCAUGAUUCCUAAUUAAGUGCCCGAUAAAGGUGCGUGCGCGUGCUCUUUAGAGCAUGUUUAAGUUGCGUCACGCAAGCGGUGUGCCGUCUCUCAUAAGGAUCUGUAUAAUUACAACGCACACGCACCCGGUGUGCACAGUCCUUUAAAUUUCUUACGGAGUUCUUUCUUGUACUAAAAAAUCAUAUUUAGCUCUAGUUAGAAUAAUGUAACAUAAUUAUUAUUUUUAAUAAAGUCAUCUGUGAUAUGAACUUACUUUAUCUAUGACAAUAUUACACAAAUGAGGAAUAUGUUAUUCAGUGUCUUCCUCGUUUGCCCCGUGUUCAAUAAGGAUAGAUCGCAUGUUACUCUGUUAUAUUGUUGUUUAAUAGGCCCAAAUAUAAUCAAAAUGUAAAAUCAUUUUUAAUAUUUUUCUGCCCUCCGGGCGGAAAGCGUCAACUUUGCUCCCGCUGCGCUAAACGAAGUUGCCGCUUUCCGCCUCCAUCGAGCAGAAAAAUAGUAUGCGCACCACGGGAGGAAACGUAGGGCAUUUCAUCCCGCGUGUUUGCCACCCUCGCCUUCGGCUCGGGUAACAAUUUUACACGCGGCACGCAAUUUCCUGCUUUUCCUCCCUUGGGACACAAAUAACUAUUGUUUAGCUAAUUUAUUUAUUUCUUAAUAUAACUAUAACAUUAGCAAUGUUCGUCUCUUAAACCUAAUAGAGUUAAGCUGGCCAUACACACUACGGUAUGCCUGCCCAGUUUUACCAACUUCUCAGGUAAAACGGAGCGUAUGUGGCAUUCGACUGUGCAGUUUCCUAUACAGCUUCGCCUGUGCAGUUAAACUGUACAGGCAAAACUGCGCAGGCAUACCCUAGUGUGUAUGGCCAGCUUUACCUGGGGCAUCGUCCACAGAACGCUUGCUGCAUUUCCACAUUGGAUUGCUAGACUUAGCCACUGAGCGAAAUUUUUCCCCCGCACGAAGGUCGCCGGACACCCAGACAAACCAAUUUAAAACAUUUUUUUACAACGCACGUACUUACUGUUCUUUUAGAAAGUAUAAUUUUCAUGCACGAGUAGUUAGCUAUUUAUUACUAUUCAAUUUUAAUUUGAUCUAUCAGUAGUGUAAAUAUUUUCGACAGCGAAACGUUACGUACGCGUUUGCGUUAAGUGUCAUUUUGUAUGAGAUUUUUGACUUUCCAAAACGUCCCGCUUGGCGCGCUGUUCAAAAACCCAUACAAAAUGAGACUUAACGCAAACGCGUAUGUCACGUUUCGCUAUCGACAAAAUUUACACUAGGGGCACUGAUAUUCUUUGUUAAAAAUUAAUACGAAAACUAGUCGUUAAUUUAAUCAAUAUGACUAUUAAUAGCAAAUUUGAUAAUUAAAUUAAAUUGGUUAAAAUUACCAUCCAAAAUAUAAUAUAAACUUCGAUUAUAUCAGAUAUUUUAUUUAGUCAGUUUUUGUCUGACUUCUUUUUUGUAUUAUAAUCUCAUUCAAUAUGAAUAAGGUUUAGGUGUUAUAAGUUAAAUUGUAUUUUAUAAGUGUUAAUGUAAAAAUAAAAUAAUAAUUAACA